GGCGGACAGACUGGCGGAGCGGUCGACGGAAGGAGAGGCGGAGGCGGCCUCGGCGGCGUUAGUUGAGCAGCGGCAGGAUUUUCCUGGGGAGAAUCUUCACUCAAGAGUUUGCUGACAGCCAAGGAUGGCAAGCAAGGGGCCCUCGGCCUCUGCAUCCCCUGAGAACUCCAGUGCAGGGGGACCCAGCGGCAGCAGCAAUGGUGCUGGCGAAAGCGGAGGGCAGGAUAGCACCUUCGAGUGCAACAUCUGCCUGGACACAGCCAAGGAUGCUGUCAUCAGCCUAUGCGGCCACCUCUUCUGUUGGCCAUGUUUACAUCAGUGGUUGGAGACGAGACCUAACAGACAGGUGUGUCCAGUUUGCAAAGCCGGAAUCAGCCGAGACAAGGUCAUCCCACUCUAUGGCAGGGGCAGCACUGGGCAGCAGGAUCCCAGAGAGAAGACCCCUCCCCGUCCUCAAGGACAGAGGCCAGAGCCGGAGAACAGAGGGGGAUUUCAAGGAUUUGGAUUUGGAGAUGGUGGCUUCCAGAUGUCUUUUGGAAUUGGGGCGUUUCCCUUUGGGAUAUUUGCUACAGCAUUUAACAUAAAUGAUGGGCGACCUCCUCCAGCUGUCCCUGGAACACCCCAGUACGUGGAUGAGCAGUUCCUGUCACGCCUCUUUCUGUUUGUGGCCCUGGUGAUCAUGUUCUGGCUCCUAAUUGCCUAAUGCUGGACUCCUGGCCUACAUCCAUGACAGGGCCUCUGGACUUGGUGGCACACCACCCCCACUCUUGAUGUUUGGCUUCCUGGAUAAUCUUGACCCCUGGAAUCAGUGGGGUCAGUAACACAUCAAGGAAUCUUGCUUCUCCAUCAGAGCUUUAGGACUCAAGACCAGUUGUAGAGAACCCUGGAGUAUGGCCACUGCCAUAAACAUUCUGCUAUAACCUCAGGCCUUGGCAUUGAGUCAUCUCUCAUGGGUUACAACAUGAAAUCCUAUUCCAGCCAGCUCAGCAGCUCCUGACUCUGUACAGGGAAGAGGCAGAAGAGAGAAACUGUUGAUACAAUUUCACCUGAGUUUAAUAUUAUAAAACAAAGAGAUGAACCAAAUGUUACUUAUGGAAACUUUCUUUCAUCUCCUUAAAUACCCCUUGGUUUGUGGCCCCCGAAGUCAGUGGGGCUUCUCAUACAGAGAGGUUCCCCUUCCAGAUCCCAGUGCUACUCUGUCCUAUUUCCACCUCCCUCUCCUCUCCCUCCCCCUUCUCUCCCUCCCCCUCCUCAGCAGAGAGCCAAGAAAUUGCUGUCCUAUAAAGAUCAUAAUUGCAGCAGCUGAAGCUGGACUCGCAUCAUGAAUUCACCAGAGACCCAAAGAUCUUUUAUUGGCUCUGGGCUAUACUCAGCGUCUUUGGCCCCAGAGAGUGGCUUGAAUGACCUCCUUGUGUUUUGGCAUAGAUUAUCCCGGGAGACAUGUGACUACUCACAGAUUCUUCAUCACCUUUCCCCAAAAAACUACACACAUGUUCCUCUCUGCCAGAGGGCGCACAGCCUAGACUACUGCUGAAGCUGGGACUGACUGUUGUGCAUUAGGAAAGACCUGCAGUUGUGACUCCAGUGGGAUUCAGAGCUUGGAUGCAGGAACAACUGCACAAGUAGCCUGUCCCCAAGGCUGCAGAAGCUCCACGUGCAUCUUCUCCCAAACCUGCCCAAAGGAAACUGGGGCUUUUGUCAAGUUAGCCCAGCUGCAUGUUGAAGACCACCCUCCUCAGAAGCCAAAUUAUCCUUAAUGAAGAGGCAGGAAAGGGGGAAGGCCCUUGAUAUGGUUUGAUGGACACCUCCUUGAAUGUGUGCUAAAACCAGGGAAGCAUGUGACUCCAGAGCAGGCAACCCCUGAUGAAUUGUUGAAGUCAGGCCAUGGGCCUGGGGAACCUCAGCACGGUGAUAUAUGAUGUGGUCUUUCUGUGGAAAUCAUGUUUCCCAAGCCCUUGAUCUGUUUUUCCAUUUCCAAGCUGCUUUCUCCAAAUCUGAUUAAGGGAGUGUGGUGCCAGGCAGGAGGACAGGUCACUUGGUGGAAUGGUUCUUGCUCUGCCUGUCAGACCUCUUCCUAGAAAUCCAGUCUAUUCCAGGAGAUCCCAAGGGUGGGAGGAGAUGGUCUUCCACAAUACUCCUGGCUUACCUCCAGCAAUAGCUAACAAAUGGUAGAAAGCCCCACCUAGUGUUUUUUUUUUCUUUCCAGAUAUGGCUCUGCAUAGCAUGUGGAAACCAGGACCUCAUCUCAGAUGGGGAAGCCCUCCUCCCCUCUCCAUUGACCCCAUCCCUUCCCCAUUUGUAACCUGUCAAUGCCAGAGUUCAGUAUUAAAAGACAAAAUAUAAGUAUUGAAUAAGUGGUUCAUUUGCUGAAUCCAUUUAGUAAGAAUAAGCCACCAGCUUUACAGUGUACCUCAUGGAUUUUAAACACCUUAGGGGCACCCACACAAGAGUGCUCUUUUUAUUGCCUAGAAAUCCCCAAAGUGGGAGGUGGAGUUUCUCAGCUGGUGAGAACUGGUGGGAUCCCUCAGUGCAGUGGCUCCACCUAGUGGUUGGAGAGAGGACUUCAGUCAGAUGGGCCCAACAAAAAUGGAUUUCCAGAAGAAAGGUUCAAGAAGGGAUAUGGGUAGGAAGACUAAUCACUUUAAUGAAAUGGAGUGAGACCAGGAGAGCUCUACCAGCAAAGGUAUAAUCACUUCGACUCUUAAAGGUGAGCCCAGAAGAGCUCUACCAGCAAAGGUAUCCCAGGAACCAGUUAGCAAAGCCAGGUUGGCUAUGUGCCCUUUGAUUUUGAACCUUAUAGGUCCCUACUUAUCCUCUGCCAGGAGCUGGGGCAGGAGAGCCAACUUAGGACUGCUGGCCCAGCCCUAAUAGGGAGCCCCCUUCCUGCCAUCCCUAUACAGGCUCGCCACCUCACUCCCCUGCCAAGGCAGUUUUUCUUUCUCUUGUGUGUGUUUUCUAUGUUCUUAGUCUCUACUCCCACUCCUGCCACCUUUGUGGAUCAGGACCAGUUCCCACCCACAGACAGAAGAUGACCCUAUGUACAGUGGCACACCUUGAUCAGUCACUAAUUUUCACUGUUGUGAAAGUGAUUUGAUUUAGAAUUAAAUGGUUUUACAUUAC